AUGGGGACGGGCGGAGCCACCGCAGGCUCGGACGCAGAGCGCCUCUUCGCAUUUUACUACAUCUCCGCCGCCUUCGGGAUCUCACUCACCGCCACUGCGACCAUCUUCUACCGCUUCACGGGCUCAAUCUUCAACCCCAACGUUGCGCUAGCCCUAUGCCUCGUUGGUGCAAUCAAACCCCUGCGAUUUAUUCUCGUCGCUACCGCGGAAAUGGUCGGCGCCAUCGUUGCCGCCGCCAUCCUCGACGGCCUCACCCCGGGCCCGCUCGCCGCUGGCGUCACCCUCGGCGCGAGCACGAACCGCACGCAGGGCUUGUUUAUCGAGAUGUUCUGCACGGCCGCGCUCGUGCUCAACAUUCUGAUGCUCGCGGCGGAGAAGCACCGCUUCACGCCGUUCGCGCCGUUGGGCUUUGGGUUCACGCUCUUCAGCGUGAUGCUGUUCUCGGUGCAGUUCACGGGGGGUGCGAUCAACACGGCACGAGCCUUCGGUCCGGCGUGUAUCGAGGGAUUCCACAACUAUCACUGGAUUUACUGGCUCGGCCCCACGCUCGGGUCACUGCUCGCCACGGCCGUCUAUGUCGGCUUGAAGAGCGUCCAUUACUGGCGCAUCACGCCCGGCCAGGACUCGAUGGACCCGCGCGAUGCGCCGAUGCAGCAGGUUGUUUAG